AUGCCAACUCUCGUUUCAGUCUACAAUGAAGCGGAAGCAAUUCAACUUGAUGAUAGUCUGAAUCAGCAAUUCAUCCAGCUCGUCGGCAAGGAGAGCAAUGAAGAUGAUGGAAUUGAAUACGGAGGCUUUGCUCUCACAAAUUCGUUUGGUCGAGACAUCUUUCACGGAAGGUUCCGAGAGCCGCUACGAAGAAAGUCUACAAGCGUCUUGCAUGUUAAAUGCCUUCACAUUCGAUGUUUCACUUCUGAUGAUUUAAAAUGCAAUACAUCUGUUAUGGGGCAGGGCACAGCAGGUGUCAUGGCUCCGUGUACGAUUUGUGUCUGUAAGAAGAAAGAAUUUGGGAAGUAUCUUACUCUUCCUUUGGAUCAACAACCAGCACUUCGAAAAGGAGUCAAUGCGAAUCCAUCGUUGUACGAAGCUUUCAUUGCUGAAGCUGGUGGAAGAGUUGAUUUGGUGAGAGCAUCUUCAACUGGGCAAGCCAAGGGGCUGAAAAUGAAAUACCACAGUGUUAUAUACCAACCAUUGCUCUACACUCCUCCAGAGCUCAACUCUGGAUCCGGCAUGCACGUUUCUAGUGGUCUCUUCACGCAUUGUACCAUCAAGAUGCUAGAAGCUUGUGGCAAAAUCGAUCGAGAGCUUCCUUGGCUGUCCAAGCUAUCAACUCUGCAACAAGAAGCGAAAGAUUUUGUUGUCAAUUCAAAAGUACGGAUCGAGCAGCUCCGAAAGGAAGACACAAAGCUUUACCGCGAUAUCAAAACAGCACAAGGCUACUCGUUAACAGGCGAGAUCGAAUCCAUCAAAGCAGAGCGCCUUUGUAUUGCAAGUGACCUUCACGCAUUGGCAAAAGCAAGUGAAGCUGCCAAGUUAUUCAUUGAAAAGGGCAAUGACUUCCAAGCUGGUGCUGCUAAGAAAACGAAGAGUCGUAUCAUCGGUCCUGCAACUUACUGCUUGAGGAAAGCUUACGAAGUGGAUGGAAGAGUGUCUUUUCGAGUGGAGAACAGUGGUUUCGAGCUGUCAAACGGAGACGGGAUCAGAGUUCUUGCACCAGACCGGCAAGAGCUCAUUGCAGAGAGAAUGAAGAAGGUGUUUCCCAACAACUUACAGCUUCAGUCUAAGGUUGACAAGGCGAUGGAAUCCUAUCGUGGCCUCACGGAACUGCUUUAUCAGAUAUCGACAAUAAUGAAAUCCCAGAAAAAGUGGAUCGAAGAGGAUGUUGCUCGUUUUGAUGCCAUUACUCGACAAUAUGCAACGCUUUGGAUGGAGUUCACGAUGGAAACACAGGACGUCUCCAGCUCCAAUGGAAAUGAAAUAAAUGUUUUCAAUAAGUUACACAUCCUCCGCUCGCACUUGACAACAUUUGCAUCCACAAAUCUGAUGCUUGGACGUUGCUCGGAAGAGGGAUUUGAAUCCGCUCACAAGUGCAUUGAAUCGGUCCGACAACCUUUAGUUUGCAUGACGAGUACUGAAGCUAGAGCUAACUGCACCUUCCGAAGGAUAAUGCUUCAUUGUCGACCAGAAAUCGAAGUAAUUCAUCGAGCAAUAGAACAAAGGUUCAUGGGCAAGAAGAGAGCACCGUACAAGAAGAGAACAAAAGCACUCAAGACGGCCGAUAACACAGCUUCCGCAUCCCAGCUAGAUCCCCAACUCACUCUCCCAGAAGAUUUUACUCGCUCAAUAAAUGGAUACAUUAUCAAGACGGAUUGGAAAGACCACUUCGAAUACGUUGUUUUCAGCAAGGUGCCGGCCUCUUGGACGCAACCUUUUCAAUCAGAUGAAAGUCUUGGGAGCAGUUGCCAGGCCACGGCAGAAUAUGUUUAG